AUGCCUGCCUUGGGCUCCCAGCUCUGCAGGGCAGUGUUCCUGGCUACCAUCCUGCUGCUGCUGCAAACAAAAGGGAUGAAGCUUCAGAAGGGGAUCCCAAGCCCAGAGGAGAGGGGCCAGGAAGAAGAAACACCCUCUCCAGACCAGAAUCAAGAGCAGUUUGAAGAGCACUUUUUGGUCUCUUCGGUGGGUGAGAUGUGGCAGGUGAUGGACAUGGCCCAGCAAGAGGAGGACAGGACAUCUGAGACAGCAACUCUCUGUGACCACUUCUUUUACCUAGCCUUCUGCUUUAACCUGGCCAGUAUCAUGAUUUUUUUAUGA